AUGGCGAAAAAGUUGGCAACUACUCCUCCGGAUCCUUACAUCUCUUCAGUGUACGCCAAGGAGUCUAUCACAGAGAUAUUCUCACUUACACUCAUCGUUUCCUAUGUUAUUACUCUGGCACCACUAGGUUUCACCUUCCUUUGCUGCCUCCCGUCCUAUCUGAAAGCGUUCAAGAAAAAUCUGACGGCACAUGGAGCGAGCCCGUUCCUACCGCUUCUCUCCCACUCCUUCCGUACAAUCCGGCUCAACUAUCCGAUGCUCUUCAUUUUUGGUAUCGCCGCGGGAAUUUUCAUAGCGAAGGGUCUCGGACAGUUCACCGCCGCUUUUUCCCUGAACAUGUGCUCGAUUCUUACCCUUGCAAUCGUCUGGUACACUUCAAUGUAUCAAUUAGCGGUGGCUAUCAUCUCUAUUCAUCGGUUCAUCAAUAGUCGCCAACCAGCAGAGUUCCGUAGAAGCUUGUCAAGAAAGAAUGUGAUUAUUCUGAUGGUUGUGGUAUUCCUGGUAGUUAUCGCUAGGGAUCUUGGAUGUGGAAUUUGGUUUGUGAUUGCUGUGAUGAUGGCUGAACAAUACUUCAUGAUCAACACUAUUGUGAUGUAUUACAUGAUCAUCUACGCCUCCCACCAAAUCCUUCUUUUUAUCGGAAUGCUCUUCCAGUUUUCUAUCAAAGAGCCCGCUACUAGCCACUCGGAACAAGUCAUUGCCACUCAUACUAAAUGGAUGGGAGCUGUCAAAUUGGUCCUCGGUGUCAUUUGCUUCAUUAGCUACAUUGCUAAUUUUCAAAUCACUCUGACAUCCACUCUUUUCGUCUCCAUCGACUUCUUCCUGGUGCCAGUUAUUAUUGAAAUCACUGAGAUCCGAGCGAACCCGAAUAUUGUCGCUCCGGAAAUUCAAAAUAUUCCAUUGAAAGUUUAA